AUAUUUGAAAGAAAGUUCAAAUUAUAAUAAUAAAAAACUUUUGCAUUUUUCAAAGCAAAAAAAUCAUGUGACAUGUGUCACUAAAAUCAGAUGGGUCGCAGCCGUCGGAUGUUACAUUUUUUACGACUGAUAUAGAGGCGGAAUUGUGUAAACGGAAAUAGGUCAUGAAUUAAAAAAUAAGAAGAAGAAGACUGAUAUAGAUUUACUGUUUGAAUUAUCAAAAUUAAGUUUCAACAUAUAAGUAUUUUUUUCAAUAUCAAUAUCGCUGUUUCUUUCAUAUAGAUUUAUAUCGAUUCUUUUGGGAGUUGAUCUGGAUAUAUCGUUGCAACCCUAUUCUAUGGAUCUAACCUAAAAAAUAUUGUGCUAUAUUUCUCAAUAAAUUUUAUUAAUUGUUCUAGCUUUUCUUCAUCAAACAUUGUUUAUGAGGAAACAUUACUUACUUUAAAUAAUCAUUUGACAAUUAAGGAAUAUUUAGUCAUUUUAGAUAAGAACUAGUUUGAACAUGGAUUCACCAGUGUCGGCUUUCGCUAUGUAUCGUAAAAAGAAGAAAACAAAUAGUGAAAAAAAGAAGAAAAAGCAAAUUAACGCAGCUGCUUCUCCUAAGACUUCAUCGAAUAAUGUCGCAGACAGAAUAAUGAUCGAAGUCGCCCAAAAAAUUAAACGUAAGCAAAAGAAAACGAAAGGAUUAAAGAAUAUAAUUAAGAAGAAAAAUCAUAAGAAGAAAACUAACAAAGUAAAACAAUUGAGAGUUACUAAAAAAUCCAAAUCAGAAAUGCUGAGGAGCCCUGAAGUUUCCGAAAGUGAUGCAGCAUCUCCUUUAAUUCAAAUUCCCCCAUCUAAGCAUGCUAAUUAUUAUGAAAAUAUUCAUUCUGAUGAUACUUCCUCUCACUCUAGCAAUAGUAGCUUUGAAUUUACACCUAUUCAAACAGAUAGUGUUGAAGAGGGUCUUAAAGUAUUUAAAUGGAUGAUUGCACCAUACAAUCCGAAUGAAUUUCUUAAUUCAAUUUGGGAAAAAAAACCACUGCAUAUUGCUAGAAGUAAAUCUACUUAUUAUAAAGAAAUCAUAUCAACUCCAAUCAUAGAUGACAUGUUGCGUAAUGAGAAUAUUCAGUUUACUAAAAAUAUUGACAUUACUUCCUAUGUUGAUCAGAAAAGGGAAACGCAUAAUCCUGAAGGUAGAGCUCAUCCACAUUUAGUCUGGGAUUUCUAUCUAAAUGGGUGUAGCAUCAGGCUAUUGAAUCCGCAGACUUAUAUUCCUAAACUGCAUUUAUUAAAUACUACAUUGCAAGAAUUUUUUAAUUCUUUUGUUGGGGCUAAUGCAUAUCUUACCCCUCCAGAUAGUCAAGGGUUCGCACCACACUAUGAUGAUAUUGAAGCUUUCAUUUUACAAGCAGAAGGUAAGAAACAUUGGCGAAUAUAUAAGCCUAGAAGUGACAAUGAGAUAUUACCACGAGUGUCAUCAAAAAAUUUUGAUCAAAAUGAAAUUGGAGAACCUAUUUUAGAAGUAACUUUAGAAGCAGGGGAUAUGCUUUACUUCCCUCGUGGCUACAUUCACCAAGGCAUUACUAUAGAUGGCGAACACUCCCUGCAUGUGACAGUCAGCAUGUAUCAAAAACAUUCUUGGGCAGACCUUUUUGAGAAAAUGAUUCCAGCUGCAUUACAAAUGGCUAUAAAUGAAAACGUUGAAUUAAGAUGUGGCUUGCCGUUUGAUAUUUACGAGAAUUUUGGCCUUGUUAACUCAGACGUUAUCACUCCACGAAGAAAAGAGAUAGAAGAAUUAAUGAAAUCUCUGUUUGAUAAAAUAAAAAACCAUUUACCAAUAGAUGAUGCAGUCGAUCAGAUGAAUAAAAAUUAUCAACAUGAUGCAUUGCCUCCAGUAUUAAGUGAUUUAGAAAAGGCUGUUACAGUAUUUGGAGACUCUGAUGUUAUGAUUGAAAAUGGAAAAGUAACUAAUAGAGUUGAAAUUGGUCUCGACACAAAAAUACGAUUGUUGCGUAAAAAUAUAUUAAGAAUGGUCUCGGAAGAAAAAAUUAGACUGUACUAUUAUGUUGAAAACUCUUUAGAGUAUCAUGGGAAUGACUUGCCCUUCCUUGAAAUAGAAGAGGAAUUAGCUCCUGCUAUAGAAACAUUAAUAACUUCCUAUCCAGAAUAUGUCAGUGUAGAAAAUUUAGAUGUCCCAAAUGAGUCUGAUAAGUUGCAGAUAGCAGAUGCAUUGUGGUCAAGAGGUUUAAUUAUGACUGAAUAUCCAUUGGAGUCUAUUGACGAUGAUUAAUAUUUUCUUUAAUUGAAUGAAUUUCAUAGAUUUUUAUACUCGAUUAAGCAUCAAUUUAUUUUAGAGGAAUUGUGAAGUAAUUAUUUUUCUGAACCCAAUUACAAUAUGUAAAUAAAACCAAUUGGUUGGUCAAACCUACCGUCUGGAUUGCAGGUGUCAAGGUAUAAUACCUUAAGGCAGUCUGUUUUUGAUUAAUAAAAUUUAUUCAAUAGAAUUUUCAGAAAAAGACAAUUGUCUUUUCUUUAAUACUUGAAAAAAAGAAAUGUUAAAAACCCACUAUUAGAACAUUUUAUAAUAAAUAUAAAUAUAUGGGGAAACAAUAAAACUAGUUAUUCUUAAAUUAUUAUAUUUAAUUCUGAAUUGCAUAUAAAUUUGUGGACUUUCUGUUACAAUAGUACUCUCGAACUGAUAUCUUUUGUAUAAAACGCUAAAAUAUGUUUUACAACUAUUGUACCAGACGAUCAUUGUCACAAACAUUCGCCCCAAAUAUGUUGGUACACAUUAUAAACAGAAAAUACACACACAAUAAUUUAUAAUCUAAGCUUAUUUUUCUCUUCGGAAAUUAAUCUAUAUUAAAAAUACCACCUAAACUGUAGGUACUUAACAUUUUCUAAUAUACGUUUCACACACACGCGCACGGCUCACGAGCUCUGUUUUAUGAAAGAACAAAGUAAAUGAAUGGAAAACAAAUUUAACAAAUAUUUGGGCUGUAUAAUACACCUCAAAUGCAUAAUUAGACAAACGCCCAGUGACGUCAUAUAAUAAAAAUAAAAAAAAACAAUUUACGUCAAUAAUCAGUACAAACACAAUUCGCGAUUCCUUGUUCAAGUGUGCAUUUUACUUGGUCUAUUAUAAGAUCUAUAAAAGUAACUAUGAACCCCACAGAGUUAGAAACUGAGCAACAUUCAAUAAAAAGUCGCUUAUCCCAUCAAAUAGCAAGUAAACCAGUAAGGUUUUAGUUCAUGAUUAUUUUUACAGUAAGCGAGUGACAUAAUUUAUAACAUUUGGUAAGUAUUCAAACUGUACAAGAAAAUGUUGAAACAUUGAAAAUUUAACGAUGACAAUUUGGUCCAGACCGCUUGAUAAAAACGAACACUUUCAAAGCAUUUACUUCUCACACUAUACAUUUUUGCAAUCAAAACCUGAUAUAUCUAUUCUACAAUUAAUAUCUUAAAAUAAACACCGAUCAUAUCAAAAUAUAUUCUUAUGUGAAGCCAAAACGUCCCAAUGAUAAAAAACAUUCUGAUUAGUUAUAAAUUCUUUGUACUGAUAUACAAGGUUCAAUAUCCAAUAUUAAAUUGAAUACCGUCAUUAAUAUUCGUUAACUUUAAACCUAAUCUUAAAAACGAACAUAUAAAUCUAUUGCCUAACUUGACGCAGGUAAAAAAACACCUCGUCAAUUUGUUGCCGAUCGUCCAUGGAGUAGUCCUAUCCGAUUCACUUUAUAACACAGAACAUUCGCUUAAAAAUGAUAUUUAUAAAAUCUAUUAUGCCAUUACAAUAUGCCACAUUUCUUAACAAGUUUAAGGGGACGACAUAAUUGGCUAACGAUCAAUAAAAACUAGUAGCAAGAUGCUUUUUAUAUUAGAUAUAAUAUAAAAAGAAGAAGAAUACUAUUGUAUUAGUGUGAAUCGCGAUCAGCGAUUAUAUAUUUACACCCUUUCAACCGCC